CACCGCCUCCUACAAGUGCGGGAGCCCGGCAGGCAGAACUGAGGCUGAGGUAGCAGUGGCCGCGGAGCUGGCCCUGCGGGGUCCCGGGGGGGAGAGGGGGAGCCGUCAAGCCCCCGUUGAGGCCGCCGCUGCCGGGCCUCCCCUCCCCCCCGGGCUGGCGCCAUGCGGGGGGGCCCGGGUGAUGCGGAGCGGCGUCAGCGCUGGGGUCGCCUCUUCGAGGAGCUGGACAGUAACAAGGAUGGUCGCGUGGAUGUCCACGAGUUGCGCCAGGGACUGGCCCGGCUGGGCGCGGGUGACCCGGACCGUGGCGCCCAACAGGGCAUCUCCCCAGAUGGAGGCCUUGACCUGGAGGAGUUUAUCCUCUACCUGCAGGAGCGGGAACAGCGCCUGCUGCUUCUGUUCCAUAGUCUGGACCGAAAUCAGGAUGGUCAUAUUGAUGUCUCUGAGAUCCAGCAGAGUUUCCGAGCUCUGGGCAUUUCCAUCUCACUGGAGCAGGCAGAAAAAAUCCUGCACAGCAUAGACCGUGAUGGCACCAUGACCAUUGACUGGCAGGAAUGGCGUGACCACUUCCUGUUGCAUUCACUGGAGAACGUAGAAGAUGUGCUUUAUUUCUGGAAGCAUUCCACGGUCCUGGACAUUGGUGAGUGCCUGACAGUCCCAGAUGAGUUCUCGGAGCAAGAGAAGCUGACUGGCAUGUGGUGGAAGCAGCUGGUGGCAGGUGCAGUGGCAGGUGCCGUGUCCCGGACAGGCACCGCCCCUCUGGACCGCCUCAAGGUCUUCAUGCAGGUCCAUGCCUCUAAGACCAACCGGCUGAACAUCCUGGGGGGCCUACGGAGCAUGAUCCAAGAGGGGGGCGUCCGCUCCCUGUGGCGUGGCAACGGGAUUAACGUGCUCAAGAUUGCACCUGAGUCGGCUAUCAAGUUCAUGGCCUAUGAGCAGAUCAAGCGGGCCAUCCGGGGACAGCAGGAAACAUUACACGUGCAGGAACGCUUCGUGGCUGGCUCCCUGGCUGGUGCCACAGCCCAAACCAUCAUUUACCCCAUGGAGGUGCUGAAGACACGGCUGACCCUUCGCCGGACAGGCCAGUACAAGGGGCUGCUAGACUGCGCUUGGUGGAUCCUGGAGCGAGAAGGGCCCCGAGCCUUCUACCGAGGCUACCUACCCAACGUGCUGGGCAUCAUACCCUACGCAGGGAUUGACCUGGCCGUCUACGAGACCCUGAAGAACCGAUGGCUCCAGCAGUAUAGCCACGACUCAGCCGAUCCUGGCAUCCUCGUGCUCCUGGCCUGCGGCACCAUCUCCAGCACGUGUGGCCAGUUAGCCAGUUACCCCCUGGCCCUGGUGCGGACCCGCAUGCAGGCCCAAGCCUCCAUCGAGGGAGCCCCCCAGCUCUCCAUGCUGGGUCUGCUCCGUCACAUCCUGUCUCAGGAGGGCGUGCGGGGCCUCUACCGGGGCAUCGCCCCCAACUUCAUGAAGGUGAUCCCGGCUGUGAGCAUCUCCUAUGUGGUCUACGAGAACAUGAAGCAGGCCCUGGGGGUCACGUCCAGAUACCCAGACCCCAGCUGCCUCAGGCACCAGAUCCAGUGUCUUCAUGCAGUCCUGGAUCCUAGAUCCCCAGCCCCACUGGUGGAUCCUAGAUCCCCAUGCUUCAAGCCCUGCAUCUCUAAGCUCAGCCACUGGAUUCUGGAUUUCAAGAAACCUCAGCCACCGGAUCCUGACAGUGCAAUGCCUAGAUCCUGGGGCCCCAACCACUGGAUCCCAGAUCCCCUCACCCCAACCACUGGAUCCCUGAAUUCCUUUACCUCGACACUGGGUCCUGGGUCCCUCUACUUCAACUACCGGAUCCUUACAUUUCAACUAUUAUAACCUCAAUACGCCCCCUCAACCACCAGAUCCCAGAUUUCCAAGCCCCAACCUGUCAGAUCCUAGCUCCAAAAACCACAGUCAAGAGAGCCCAUGGGAAGAGCAAGUGGGUCCUGGCAACCUCAGAAGGGAUCCUGGAUCCCUUCACUACAGGGACUGGAUAUUAAAACUGCACCCAUGAGAGGCAGACCCUGACACCUCCAGGCACUGGAGCCCAACGCUCAGCCCCCAGUCAAGCUCCCCACUGGCCAAUCACAGCAUCCUGGAUCCCAUGCACCCCUGUCCCAUACACAGACCAGAGCCCAGUUACCUCCCACCAUGACACACACCCCAGAGUCUAGGGAGCCUCCAGGAAGCCCAGGUCCUGGGCUCCCAGCUCCAGAAAACCCACGGGACUCAUCCACUGUCCUGACAUGACACAGAUACCAGCCACAAGGGGAGGAGAUGCCCCUCCCAGGCCCUGCACAGACACUGAAGUCUCCUCACCUUCCCCAGUACGACCUCAACUCUGUGCCUGAGGAGAAACUUCUCCCUCAAAUGCCCCCUUCCUAGCCCUCUGCUGUGUCUUCCACCUCCUCCCCACCUUACAGGUGGCUAACAACCCGGAAAGCCUAGGUCCCUCUGGAGGAUCCAGUGGUUCUUUCUUUGGGGCUGGCAAGGAGGCAAUCCCAGGCCGGGGACACAUUAAGGGGACCUUCCCACCGACUCACACCCCAGCACUGCCACCCCUUCCCCAGUCUUCAAAGUUGGAAGCCAGAAGCAGCUUCCUUAAACCCAAGCAUCCAAGGAUGCAAAGCCAACAAGCCCCAACCUCUCCCCCCAAUUCACUCCAGGUCUAUUUUUCUAUCAGAGGAGCAUCUGCCCAUCCGCCCGACUAACCCAAGCCCCCAGCACCCCCACCCUGUACCUUCUGCACUUUACAGUUGGAUGCUGAGCUUAGGAUCACUGGGGGGCCCCUCUCUCCACUACUUCCAUGCCCUUGGGGAACCCCAUUAAGGGACUUUGAAAAAGGAACCAGGCUGUUGGGGGGAGGCGGGAGGCCCCCUCUCCGAAUGCUUCCACCUCCCCCAUGCCCCACCUCCCUGCCUGUGUGUGUUAUUUCAAAGGAAAAGAACAAAGGAAUACAUUUUCUAAGCUCUU